UCUUAAUAGAACUUUACCGUCAGCGGACUACAAACCAUACCGUGUGAUCAACUGUGAACAUCAAAUUGGAAAGAUGCGUUACGAUUUAAUAAUUGUUAUAGUAUAUGCAUCAAUUUUUGGUUCUAAUGCUUACGAAUAUGAUCAAACGGAGAGCGUUGUUAAGGCCCAUAAUGAAUUUACAAUAGAUGCAUAUCAGGAACUCGUGAAAAUAUUUAACGGUAGUAACUUUAUGGUUAGUGGAUUAUCUGCAGAAAUCGCAUUGUCUUUACUUGCAAAUGGAGCCAGAGGAGAGACACAAUAUCAACUAUUGGAAGGUUUGAGAUUACCAUAUGAUAUAGAAAGUGUAAAUAAAGUGUACGCUAAUUUAACAUCUCGCCUUAAAAUAAACCAAACACGGACCAAACUGUUAUCAGCAAACAAAAUAUACGUAGCUCAAAACUUUUUAAUUAAAAAUCAAUUUCACGAUAUUGCUGUUAAAAUGUAUGAUGCAGAAGUACAGAAUCUUGACUUUAAUAAUUCAGAAGAGGCCGCUAACACGAUUAACGACUGGGUUGAUCACAAAACUAACAGCAGAAUUCAAGAUUUCGUUGAUUCUAAAACGUUGAAUUCUAACACAAAAUUAGUAUUGGUCAAUGCUUUAUACUUCGCUGGCGAAUGGAAAAAUCCUUUUCCAAUAGAAAAUACUGCUGAUAUGACAUUCCACAGCUCACCCACUGAAUCUAAAAACAUCACCACUAUGUAUACCGUAGCAUCAACCAAAUAUGCUUACAAUGACAAACUUAAAGCCGAAUUUUUGGAGCUUGAAUUUACCGACGCAAAUAUUAGUAUGACAUUUGUUUUACCCGACGAAAUAGAUGGACUGGGAACUGUUGAACAAAAUAUCGCGGAAUAUUUGGCUCCUCAAAACAUGAAAAUAAAGGAGGUUCUCAUCAAACUGCCCAAAAUCAGACUCGAGACAGCAAUUAAUUUUACAUCCAUCCUAGAAUCGUUGGGCAUGACAGAUAUAUUCAACGAUGCUGAUCUUUCUGGAAUCGCCGAUAAUAAACUUGAGGUCUCCAAGGUUGACCAAAAGACAUACAUUGAUGUUAAUGAAUAUGGUGCUGCAGCUGCAGCUUCUACAGCAAUUUCCGUUCACAACCGUCAACAUGGCUUUCAAAAAAAAUUUCAGGCUGACCAUCCUUUCCUGUUUUAUAUCAAAGAGAAUGAUCUUGGGGAAAUACUUUUUGUAGGAAGAUUUACGAGUAAAUAGAUAGAUCGAC